AUGUCGGAAACAAUGACAUCCUCACACACCUAUGCGCGCGAGCGGCGCGAUCGCUACCACGAAGCAGACGUCGUCGUCGUCGGUGCCGGCAUCUUUGGCUGCGCUGCCGCCUACGCGCUCGCCAACCAGGGCCGCUCCGUGCUUCUCCUCGAGCGGUGGAUGCACGAGCCCGACCGGAUCGUGGGCGAACUCCUCCAGCCCGGUGGCCUGGCAGCGCUGAAGAAGCUGGGCCUGGGCCACUGCGUCGAGGGCAUCGACGCCAUCCCCUGCUACGGCUACAACGUCAUCUACCACGGAGAGCCCUGCGCCAUUCCGUACCCCAGGCUCAACGAAAAGGGCGAGGUCACACAUGCCUGGAGCGGCAGAGGGACAGAGGGCGAGAAGCAGCAGGGAUGCGGAUUCCACCACGGCAAAUUCAUCACGCAGCUGCGAAAGGCCUGCCUGGGGCACAAGAACAUCACAGUGGUCGAGACCGAGGUUGUCAAGACGAUCCGGGGCGAGUUCGAAGACCAGAUCCUGGGCGUGGAGUCGCGCACCACGGUGGACAAGGAGGCCAACGAGAAGAAGAACGACUUCUUCUUCGGCAAGCUGACCAUUGUGGCCGACGGCUACGACUCCAAGUUCCGCAAGCAGGUGCUCGAGACCAAGCCCGUCGUCAAGAGCAAGUUCUACGCCCUCGAGCUGGUCGACACGGUCCUGCCCACGCCGCUGCACGGCCACGUCAUCAUCGGCAACGCCUACCCCAUCCUGCUGUACCAGAUCGGCACCCACGAGACGCGCGCGCUCUUUGACGUGCCGCAGAACAUCCCCGAGGCGUCGGUCGAGGCCGGCGGCGUGCGCGGCUACAUCAAGAAGCACGCCAUCCCGGCCCUGCCCGCGUCGGUGCGCCCAGCCGCCGAAAAGGCCCUCGCCGACGGCAAGAUCCCGCGCAGCAUGCCCAACAGCUGGCUGCCCGCCGUGCCGCAGACGCCCAACGGGCUCGUCGUGCUCGGCGACGCCCUCAACAUGCGGCACCCGCUGACGGGCGGCGGCAUGACCGUGGCCUUCAACGACGCCGUGCUGCUGGCCGAGCUGCUGCACCCCGAGCGCGUGCCCAACCUCGACGACGCAAAGGCCAUCCGCGACGCCAUGCACAAGCUGUACUGGCGCCGCAAGAACUUCACCAGCAUCAUCAACACGCUCGCCCAGGCGCUGUACUCGCUCUUCGCCGCAAACGACCGCCAGCUGCGCGCCCUGCAGAUGGGCUGCUUCGAGUACUUCCGCCGCGGCUGGACCGACGGCCCGGCUGGCCUGCUCGGCGGCAUCAUCCAGCGGCCCCUGGUGCUGGCGUACCACUUCUUCUACGUCGCCUUUGUGGCCAUCUGGAUGAACGCCUGCAACGUCAUUGGCGGCCCGCUGGGCUUCUGGAAGCUGCCGCUGGCGAUACUGGACGCCGUGCUCAUCUUGUGGAAGGCGUGUAUUGUCUUUUUGCCCGUCAUCUGGCGUGAAGGAUUUCAGUAA